AUGAACAGAGUGUUCAGUGGUCAAAUUGAAAGGGAUUGCAAUUAUUUUUGGAUGAUUGCAAUAUAUAGUGAGGAUAUCAAAACUCAUUUACCCAUAUUGGCAGAGGCUUUGCAGAGACUGAUACAAGCUGGACUAAAGAGUGGGACAUGGAAUGUGAAGCCUGCACUAGACAAGUUAGCGGCAGUACGCAAUUUCCCAAGACCCAAGAACCGUAAAGAGGUACGGAGAUUCUUAGGGUUAAGUGGCCGAAGAAUCCAGAACAGGAAAAAGCCUUUACUAUUCUUAGAGAGAACUUGGUUACGGAACCAGUACUCAAAGCACCUGAUUUCAGGAAAACAUGGUAUCUUAGCACUGACCAGUCAAGGAGCUAUUGGUGCAGUACUUGCUCAAAGGUAUGAGGGCCAUUUUUGCCCAGUUGCAUACUACAGCCGACAGCUGAAGGCAGCUGAAAGUCGGUUGGAGAAAGAGGCUCUAGCAAUAAUAGAGGCCUUAAAAAAGUUUAAACCCUUGGUGUGGGGAUUAGAAGUAGUAGUUCUGUCAGACAACAGAUCACUUCAUUGGUUAUUCCACAAAGCGAAGGAUGGUAAUGCGAGAGUUACGAGAUGGGCUCUAACUGCGCAAUCCUUUGGGGGCAAAAAUUAUGUACCAUCCAGGGAAGCUUAA